CCCUCGAAAAAUGUUGUCGCUCCUGGUUUAGGUUUCCGGAGUGUCUCGAACGAACGAACUGUUUGCUUCCUGAACCUGAGGAGACCAUAGAACGAAGCAGCAGCCAUGGCUGCUCCCGAAGCUCCUCUCUGCUACGUCGGCGUCGCAAGACAGUCCGCCGCUUUCCGCCUGAUGAAGCAAAUGGGCUGGGAAGAAGGAGAGGGCCUUGGCAAGGACAAGCAAGGCAUCAAAGGCCACGUUCGAGUCAAAAAUAAACAAGACACUUCCGGAAUUGGCACUGAGAAGCACAACCCUUGGGCUUUUGAUACCACACAAUUCGACAACAUCUUGAAGAGGCUGAAAGUGCAAGCAGUACAAAACACUGAGCAAGGUGUGGAGAAAGAUGGCACUUCGGUGGAAACUGUAAACGAUGCAACUGAUGAUCAGGUUAUCAAGGCAACACGACCACAAGGAAGAUACAAGAGAAGAGAGAGAGGAAAGCUCGUCAACGCAUAUUCUUCCAAGGAUCUUGAAGGGAUCCUUGUAAAAAAAGUGGAGGAGUUGCCACAAACAAGUUCUAAUCUAGAAACUGAAACAGAGUCAUCAGAAGAAUCCGAAAUUGAAAUCCUUGCUGUUGGAGAAAAGAAAGAUGGUGUUUCUUCUGAAUGGUGGGGCUAUAAAUAUGGAUUUGUGUCUGGAGGAUAUUUGGGUGCAGAAUCUAAACGAAGAAAAUGCCUUCAAGCCAAAAGCACAGAGAAUAUGCAUGAGAGAAUCGCCUUUCAUGAAGAUGAUCAAGAGAAUCUGUACAAGCUUGUCCAAGAUAAAGCCACAACAGGAAAGCAAGGACUGGGUAUUAAGAGUAGACCAAAGAAAAUAGCUGGCUGCUACUUUGAGGGGAAAAAGACUUCCUUCGACGAAAGUGAUGACGAGGACUCUGGUGACGCUGCCCCUCCCGCGAAACGGAAGUAUGAUGAAUCCUUCGGUGCAGAAAAAUCGGAAGGGCAGCAGAAAGUGAAGUUGAGAAAGUUGUGUAAAACAAUUCUCGGCCAAGUACCUGGGGAUUCUUUAAAGCUGAAACAGCUGAAAGCUUUAAUUGAUGAACGUGCCACUUCAGUUUUUUCAAACUAUUCUUCUAAGAAAGAUGCUCUUGCUUAUUUGAAACAGAAGCUUGAGAGCAGUGGGAAGUUUUUGGUAGAGGGGAAAAGAGUAACUCUGCGGUCUAGGCGUGGUUGACAAUUUUGUAGUGUAGUAUGAAAAUUAAAUACCUGUGGCGAUCUGUAUAUUGCAGAGAGAUUAGAGGACAGUUCUAUAUGCUCUCUUGUGGUAAUUUUUUCUUUUUAAACUGAAUUUUGUCCCAUCAGGCAUCAACCAUUUAUUUCUUCUGCCUCAACCAACGGCUGAUUAUAAGUAGGCAGAGGCCAUGAUAGAAAGAGCUUUAAUUAUUUGUAUUAUUAUGUUCAUUGGAUUAUGGUAUUGGAUUCUAAAUUAUAUCCAAAUUUGGCUGCUACAAGUUACAACCAAAUGUUA